CGUACUGCGCAAGUCCAUCCUUCCUAUUCUUCAUAAAACCUAAUCAUAUAGGUUCCUUGAUUUGCAGGCCAAAGAGAGACGCACAAAGAAGAUCAUGUGUUAUUCAGAACGACUUUUAUUGCUCGGUAUCCUUCUGAUCUUACUUCCUGUUGCUCCCACGGCUUGGCCCCAAUGCUAUGAAACUGGUAACUACUCCAGCAACAGUCCCUACAGGGCAAAUCUCGUUGGCCUCCUGGCCUCCAUGUCUUCCAACACGAAGAUCGAUUAUGGAUUUUAUAAUUUCACCGCCGGGGAAAAUUCCAACAAAGUGAACGCGAUUGCAUUUUGUAGAGGGCACCUUACGCCGGAUUUUUGUCGUGGUUGUAUCAAAUUUGGAAGUAAUGACCUCUUACAGAAUUGUCCCCACCAGAAGGAGGCAAUCUAUUGGUCCGCUGAUUGUACUGUCCGAUACUCAAACAGAUCUAUAUUUGGCGUAAUGGAAGAGUGGCCUACGACUGCUUUUUAUAACCGACUAAACCCACCCGACGUAGAAGGGUUCAACAACGUGCUAAGACCCCUGCUAGAUAGGCUAACACAACGCACCGCACUUGGAAAUUCUACUCUCAAGUUCGCUGUCGGAAGCGUGGAAGCCCCAUACUUCCAAAGAAUCUAUUCACUUUUGCAGUGUACUCCUGAUUUGAACUCGCUAGACUGCAAAAUCUGCCUGGAGGGGUUGGUUGGAUAUACGUCAUAUUGUUGUGAUGGCCGAAAGGUGGGAGGAGUAUUCUUAGCACCAAGUUGUUAUUUAAGGUAUGAGAUAUACAGUUUCUAUCCCCUUGCAGAGCAGUCACCACCUCCGUCGUCUCUGCCACCGCCUAUAGCGCAGCCAGUUCCCCCCCCACCACUACAAUUGCCUCCACCAGCACAAGGAACUAAGAGAAACACAACUCGGACUGCCAUCAUCAUUGUUGCACCCACUCUUGUUGGUAUCAUACUGGUCGUCAGUAUUAUUUAUUCAUUUUUAAGAGUGAGGAAGCGCAAGGAUCAUUUCGAAACCAUGGAUGAAAUUGGAAACGUGGAAUCCUUGCAAUUCGAUUUUGACAUUAUUAGAGCUGCCACAUGUGACUUUUCUGAUGCAAAUAAGGUUGGAAAAGGUGGAUUUGGGCCCGUUUAUGAGGGUAAGCUUCCCAAUGGACAAGAGAUAGCAGUAAAAAGACUAUCGAGAAACUCUGGACAAGGAAAUUUAGAAUUCAAGAAUGAGGUUGUAUUAGUGGCCAAGCUCCAACACCGAAAUCUAGUAAGGCUCCUUGGAUUUUGCUUGGAAGGGAAUGAACGACUUCUUGUGUAUGAGUUCGUACCUAACAGCAGCCUUGAUCACUACAUAUUUGAUCCCCAGAAGAGAGCAAAUCUAGAUUGGGAAAGUAGAUAUAAAAUUAUAAAAGGCAUUGCUCGAGGGCUUUUAUACCUUCAUGAGGAUUCUCGACUUCGGAUUAUUCAUCGUGAUCUCAAAGCUGCUAACGUUCUAUUAGAUAUAGAAAUGAAUCCUAAGAUUUCAGAUUUUGGCAUGGCAAGGAUGUGUGUACUGGAUCAGACUGAAGGCCGUACAAACAGAAUUGUGGGGACCUAUGGAUAUAUGGCACCGGAAUAUGCAAUGCUUGGGGAAUUCUCUGUCAAGUCAGAUGUCUUUAGUUUUGGUGUGCUAAUGUUGGAGAUUAUAAGUGGUCAAAAAAUUACAUCUUUCCCUGAAGGAGAGAAUAGAGAGUACCUUCUAAGCUAUGCUUGGAAAAACUGGAGAGAGGGGACAACUGCGAAUCUCAUAGAUCUCACAUUGAGGAGUGGUCCACCAAGCGAAAUGAUACGAUGUAUUCACAUUGGAUUGCUGUGUGUUCAAGCAAAUGUUGCCGACAGACUAGACAUGGCUUCAGUUGUCUUCAUGCUUAAUAGCAAUUUCAUUACUCUCCCUUUGCCCACACAACCAGCAAGUUUUAUGCAAAAUGGGGUCCCAUUAGCCACAUUAAUGAAACUGGACACUGAUUGCAGGCCAAUGAGUCAGUACGAGGUUUCGAUUACCGAGUUAGAUCCUAGGUAGUGUUUUGUGGGUGUGGCCACGGUGUACAUGUUUUUGUGCAUAUUUCAUGGCUUACUUUUGUAUAUUAUUCAUUUGAUGCUUUAAGGUUGUAGUC